ACACUGUUUUUAUCAAUUUAAUUCAAAUCAUUUCUAACAAAAACUUUAAAAUCUGUUAAAAAUGACAGGCUCCUUACAUUUUGAACGUUUCCCCAUAGUUUCCUUACUCUGUUAAUGAAAUGGAAAAUAAAGAUGUAGUGAUGGAAUCAGAGGAGAAAAAUACAAAUAUUCUCAAAGAAGGCAAAGCAGAAAUCUUAGUUCAGGAAAAAAAUGUGUUCUAUAAUCCGGUUCAAGAAUUUAAUAGAGAUUUGAGUAUUGCAGUUUUAUCUUUGUUUGCGGAAGAUAAAAAUGGUGUGGUCAAUACGAAAAAUAUUGUAAUUAAAGAAACUAUAAAAGAAGAUAAGGAGCCAUCAGAGUUAAAAACGCAAGAUGGAAUUAGGGUAUUAGAAGCAUUAUCUGCAACUGGUUUGCGUAGUAUAAGAUACGCAAAAGAAGUAAAAGGCAUAAAAUGUAUCGUGGCAAACGAUAUUGCAACUAGAGCAAUCGAGGCAAUUAAAAAAAAUAUUGCACAUAAUGGAGUGGAAAAUAUUGUGAUACCGAGCCAUGAAGAUGCAACAAUGGUCAUGUAUCAAAAUAGAAAAACUCGUUUCGACGCUAUCGAUUUAGAUCCCUACGGAUGCCCCUCGAUAUUUCUCGACGGGGCGGUUCAAUCUGUUUCUGAGGGAGGAUUGCUUUUGGUAACAGCGACCGAUAUGGCAGUUUUAGCAGGAAAUUCGCCAGAAACUUGCUACGUCAAAUACGGAGCAGUGUCUUUAAAAUCGAAAGCCUGCCAUGAAAUAGCUCUGCGAAUUUUAUUGCAACAUAUUUCAGCCCACGCGGGACGAUACGGUCGUUACAUCCAACCACUUCUUUCUGUAAGUGCCGAUUUUUACAUCAGAGUUUUCGUGCGAGUUUUUACUGGGCAGAAAAAAUGUAAGGAAAAUACAACGAGAUUGGGAAUGCUUUAUCAAUGUCAUGGAUGUGAAAGUAUGACGAUUCAACCAUUGGGUAUAAAAUCGCCGUCUGGAGGUUUCAAGUUACCUGGGGUACCAAUUGUGGAUCAGCAUUGCAAAUAUUGCCAGCAUAAGCAUCAUGUUGGCGGCCCCUUGUGGCUGGAUCCUUUGCAUGACCAAAAUUUCGUUUCGAGACUUUUGUGUAAAGUGGAGGAAAUGGAAUUGGGAACAUUGAAAAGGAUACAAGGAGUUUUAAAUGUUGUGAGAGAAGAACUUGACUGCCCUCUGUAUUAUACUCUUGACCGAUUGAUGUCUAUUGUGAGGUGUGACACGCCAUCUAUGGUUUUAUUUAGAUCAGCGGUAUUGAAUGCAGGAUACAGAGUCUCGUAUUCACAUGCUAAUAAAAUUUCAAUAAAGACUGAUGCGCCUAAUGAUGUAAUUUGGGACAUUGUUCGAGCUUGGGAAAAGGAGCAUCCCGCAAAAAGGGACAGGUUGGAUAAAAAAAGUCCAGCCCUUGCGAUUUUGACUAAAGAAUCCGUCACACAAGUUUCGUUCACACUUCAUCCCGAUGCAAAUCCUGUUUCUCGACAGAAACGCUUGUCACGUUUUCCAUUAAAUCCAGAAUCUAAUUGGGGACCUGGGACGAAAUCCUGCACAAUGAUCAACAGGGAAAAAGCGCAUUUGAAAAGAAAGCGAAAUCAAAAUAAAAACGAGCAAAACAAGAAAAAAGCGGAAGAAGAGGACAUUACUGAAAAUGUAGUUAGCGAAAGUAAAGAAAGCGUAGAAGAAUCGAAAUUGGAAGCUUAAGUUCGUAUAACUUUCAUUUAUUUAUGUACAAAGUUUUGGAUUAAUAAAUACAUACAUUUUUUAA